UCGGACGCCUCUACGUAGGCCUGGAAGAGGCAGAGGGGCCGGUAGUGAUUCCGGCCGAUCUUACGGUACCAUAGAGAGGCAGCGUUUAGAGCCCCGUCUCUUCCGGUGUCGCUCAGCACUCCUUCCGGCAAUGCUGCCGCAGCCUCGGCUUGGCAGCGCCUUCGCUGCUAUUGCUUUGGGCCUUAGAUCGAGGUUUCGUUGUUACGUCCGAGCCGCCAUGGCGAAGAGCAAGUUCGAAUACGUCCGGGCUUUCGAAGCGGAGGAUAAAUGUUUGCCCAACUGCUGGAUCGUGGUACGGUUGGACGGACGCUGCUUCCACCGCUUUGCUGAGCAGCAUGAUUUUAAGAAACCUAAUGAUGAUUGUGCUCUUAAUUUGAUGAACAAGUGCGCCCAAGCAGUGAUGGAAGAGAUGGAGGAAAUUGUCAUUGCCUAUGGACAAAGUGAUGAAUACAGCUUUGUUUUCAAAAAGAAAACCAACUUGUUUAAGAGAAGAGCAAGUAAAUUAAUGACUCUCGUGGUCGCCAAGUUUGCAUCCAGCUAUGUUUUCUAUUGGAAGGAUUAUUUUAAGGACAAGCCCCUUUUGUAUCCACCAGGAUUUGAUGGACGUGUUGUGUUGUAUCCCAGUGACCAAAAUCUAAAAGAUUAUCUCAGUUGGCGACAAGCUGAUUGUCAUAUCAAUAACCUCUAUAAUACGGUAUUUUGGACUCUUGUGCAGAAAAGUGGCCUGACACCAGUAGAAGCCCAAGAGAGACUUAAGGGAACCCUUGCUAAUGACAAGAAUGAGAUUUUAUUUUCUGAAUUCAACAUUAACUACAACAAAGAACCUGAAAUAUAUAGGAAAGGAACUAUUUUAAUAUGGAAAAAGGUAGAUGAAAUCAUUAAAAGAAAAAUUAAAACAGGGAAAAUAGAAGAGAAGGAAAUUGAAGAAACCAGGAUGAGAAAUAGACCAAUUCCUUUGCAUUGUGAUAUUAUUGGAAAUGAAUUUUGGGAACACAAUCCUCAAAUCCUGCUUGACAUGAGGUGACCUUUCCUAUCUGCAUUUUAGUCUGAACCUAUGGGUAUAAUUUAUUUUACAAGGACUGCAUCAUGGUGGGAAAAAAAUGUAAUCCUGUAUUUUGUAAUAACCAUUUUACUUGAAUGAAUAAAUGAAUGAAAAAUCCACGUAUUGUUCAUAAAUAAAUACUUUUUUAUUAAAAUUACAAGUAGGCUGAUAAUAAUCUUAAACUUUACACUGGAAAAGGAAUGCAUUUAAUUUCUUCCCUGGCCCUCAAAAGAACUCUACUGCUGUAGGUCUCAUGAGAUGCUAAGUUGCCCAUUUAAAACUCUGAAAACAUUUAAACUACUCCUUCAAAUUAAAUUCUAUCAUCAGGGAGCCAAGUUACAAAUUAUCCUAGUUGCUAAUGUCUCUGGAUUAUAUGAGUGAUAAACAAAAUACCCUGGCAAGUAGCAGAAAGUAAUUAGGAAGUUUUCUCUCAAGUGUAAAUUAGUUCCGGCCUUUCUGAAAGCUAUGGAAACAUAAUUUCCCUCUGUAAUCGAACAUUUAUUAUUUGGACGCUCUCCUUGCUGCUUUUCGGAUUAUUAGACAAGGUCUCAGGUGGCCAACCAAGAGCAAUAAUGUUAUUGUAUAAGGGAGAUAGCGCAGCAGGGUGAGUUUGUAGGUCAUGCUCUCAUUUUGCUGCUGCCUGGGAAACUAUCCAGUUCCUGCUGUUGAGAAUUGUGGCAACCAACUUACUGAAAGUCUUGUAUUGGGAUGUGAAGUUCAAAGAGUUGUGUUACUCUUCUGCCUUUUCAAAGGCCAUGCUGCCCAGAAGCAAAAGGAUAGAGGAAUUGGGGCCCAAAUGUGAGAUUUGUAAAAAAUUGGCCUAGCUUCUCUGGUGGCUAGGUUUUAUAGAACUUUUUAAGGGGAUUCUUAAUUGUUUAUGAAUUUGCUCUAAAAGGAAAUCAUUUAGAAUAAUAGGCAUUUAGCAUCAUUUUAAAACCAUUUGAAAAAAUUGUACUCAUUUUUUCUGAAGUGACAAGUGUCUUCAUUACUAUAGUUAAGAUAACAUUAAAGGGCUAAAAAGAAACGAACAAUUAGCAUUCCAAAAAUGGUGUGUUCUUGUAUCUGUGUCAGCAAUCCACAAUACUUGUAGGGAGGUUAGCAGGAAUAAUAGGCAAAGUAUCUAUGCAAAGUGGAUUUUGGUAUUCCUGCUUUCCAUAAAGUGCUCCAGGUUAUUAGCAGCAACAAUAAAAAAGCAGCUGUGUUUUCAUAAUGUACUGAAGCAAAAACAAGCUGGUCACUUGUUAGCCUAGUGCAGGGGUAUCAAACUCGAUUUCAUUGUGGGCCGCAUCAGGGUUGUGUUUGCCCUCACGAGCUAGAGUGGGUGUGGCCAGCUUGAGGUCACUUGUGUUGGCGUCUGUGGUGGCCCAAGCGCUUUGCCAGUGAAAAUGGGCUCCCGAGCUCCAUUUUCAGCACAAUGGCCUCCUGCUGCCCUCUGCCAGUGAAAACGGAGCUCGGGAGGGAGGGCUUGUGUGUCCCCCUAGCUCUGUUUUCAUUGGCAGAGGGUGGCAGGAGGCUGUUGCAGCCAAAAACAGCUGCACGUGGCCCUCCCAGGCUGCAUUUUCACUGGCAAAGAAGGAAAUGGUCCUUUGCUGUUUUUAGGGUGACCCCGUGAGCCAGAUCUGGUUCCCGGGCCUUGAGUUUGACACCCCUGGCCUAGUACCUGUAUGAAUUACUAUUACUAAUCCAUAACCUUUCUCCAAUACAAAAGAGAGAUCUCUGCUAGAUUUAAAAACCCGAUUUGUUUGAAUCACAUUUUGCAGGAUCCAGUCUGGGUCGGUCACUGGGACCAGAGUUUUGUCUUCUGAGCUUUCAGACUCAUGCUAGAGCCCACCUUCAGGGAACUUCUCUUUAGCAGAUAGUGUCAUAUUUUGUUACACCACCCAUACUGAGAAUCAGAAGAUGGAAUAUACUUGGCUCACUAAUUUGUCUAUUUUUAAAUAAUCAACAUAUGACAUAAGCAGAAAAUGAGGUACAUGAUAGACUUCUUACAGACCUAAAUUUAAAAAAUCCUAAUUUCCAGUUGUCAGUAAACAAUUGUAUUCAUCCCUCCUAAGUCACCUUACAGAUUUAAAUAGUCAGCCAAAACAAUUAUGAGGUAGGGGUAUGGGGUAUAGAGGUAUUUAUAUAGUUUUUAAUAAUUCGGCUAUGUAGAAUAAGUUUUUUAAUUGUUAUUUUAGUCUGUAUUUAUAUGUACUUUUUACUUGCCUGUGAACUGCCCUGAGUCCCUAGGGAGAUAGGGCGGUAUAUAAAUGUGAAAAAUAAAUAAAUAAAUAAAUAGGGUGGGGAAGUUGAUCCUAUGCACAAGAUAUACCUUGGUGCUUACUAAUCAAGACUGCUUUUUCCCCUAUUUCUGUCAAACAAGGCUAAAACCUUUACUGUAUGGUCUUAUUUUUGGUUAUCUUCUAGAAUCUGGAUUUGAUUGAGAUGAGCCUCUAUGGAAAUUAAAUAAAUAUUUACAAAAAUUCA